AUGGACCGCAGUGACUUGCCAACUCCAGGGGCGGUGGGUUUAGUUCAAGAAUCAAGUAGGGGCAAAAGAAAGUUAACCUCAAAGUUUUGUUUGGAGAAUCUUCCCAGCGCUCUAAUGUUAGCAUACCAAAGCUUCGGGGUGGUAUAUGGAGAUCUGAGCACUUCACCUCUUUAUGUUUAUAGAAGUAUAUUUGAUGGGAAGUUGCAGAAUCAUCAAAAUUCUGAUGCAAUAUUUGGUGCAUUUUCAUUAAUAUUUUGGACAUUAACAAUCAUCCCUCUGCUGAAAUAUGUAUUUAUGUUGCUGAGUGCUGAUGAUAAUGGUGAAGGGGGUACUUUUGCUCUUUACUCCUUGCUUUGCAGGCAUGCAAAAUUCAGUUUACUUCCCAAUCAACAAGCAGCUGACGAGGAGCUGUCGGCUUACAAAUAUGGUCCCUCAGGACAAUCUUCGACAUCUUUAGCAUUUAAGAGGUUUCUCGAGAAACACAAGAAGUUGCGUACACUUCUAUUGCUUGUAGUAUUACUUGGGGCUGGUAUGGUAAUAGGUGAUGGUGUAAUUACUCCUGCAAUUUCAGUUCUAUCAUCGGUAUCUGGUCUUGAAGCUGCUGGAACAAAUUUGAAUAAGGGUGUAGUACUAUUGAUUGCUUGCAUCAUAUUGGUCGGCCUAUUUGCUUUGCAGCAUGUUGGAACCCAGAAGGUCGGUUUCUUAUUUGCGCCCAUUGUUAUUCUCUGGUUGGUAUCAAUUUUUUCCAUUGGGCUCUAUAACACAAUACAUUGGAACCCGAAAAUCGUGUUGGCUCUUUCUCCACACUAUAUCAUCAAGUUCUUUAGUCAAACUGGUAUAGAUGGAUGGAUUUCACUUGGAGGGGUCCUCCUCUCAAUAACAGGCACAGAGGCAAUGUUUGCAGAUUUGGGCCAUUUCAGUGCAUUUUCAAUAAGGAUUGCAUUUGCAUUCGUCGUAUACCCUUGCUUGGUAGUGCAAUAUAUGGGCCAGGCUGCUUUUCUAUCUAAAAAUAUUUCUUCAAUCCCGAACGGCUUCUAUGAUUCGGUUCCUGAUAGUGUAUUUUGGCCUGUCCUCAUUAUUGCCAGCCUUGCAGCAAUUGUUGCGAGUCAGGCUAUCAUUUCGGCCACAUUCUCUAUUGUUAAGCAAUGUCAUGCUCUUGGUUGCUUCCCGCGCGUAAAGGUUGUUCACACCUCAAAACAUAUACGUGGACAGAUCUAUAUUCCAGAGAUUAAUUGGAUCCUCAUGAUUCUUACUCUUUGUAUAGCUAUUGGGUUUCGCGACAUAACUACAAUUGGAAAUGCAUAUGGCCUUGCUUGCAUGUCGGUAAUGUUUAUUACAACUUUUCUCAUGGCACUUGUCAUGGUCUUUGUAUGGCAAAGAAGUAUUGUACUCGCUGCUGCUUUCCUCCUUUUCUUUUGGUUCAUCGAAGGUGCUUAUCUAUUAGCUGCAUUUACAAAAGUUCCUCAGGGAGGAUGGGUGUCCCUUGUACUGUCUUUCAUCUUCAUGUUUAUCAUGUUUGUUUGGCACUAUGGAACUCGCAAGAAGUACAACUUUGAUCUAUACAACAAAGUGCCAAUGAAAUGGAUCCUUGGCCUCGGCCCAAGUCUUGGCAUUGUCCGUGUGCCUGGGAUAGGCCUCGUAUAUUCAGAGCUCGCAACAGGAGUACCUGCAAUCUUCUCACAUUUUGUCACAAAUCUCCCAGCUUUUCAUAACGUUUUGGUGUUUGUUUGUGUAAAAUUUGUUCCAGUGCCCUAUGUCUCUCCCGAGGAACGCUUCCUCAUUGGCCGCAUCGGCCCACGACCCUAUCGCAUGUAUCGGUGCAUUGUGAGAUAUGGUUACAAAGACUUACAGAAAGAUGAUGAGAACUUUGAGAACCUUCUAAUUCAAUGUAUAGCAGAGUUUAUCCAAAUGGAAGCUGUAGAGCCUCAGUUUUCAAGCCCAGACGCUGCAUCAUAUGACGGGAGAAUGGCAGUCAUAAGCUCCCGGACUAUUCAAUCCAGUUCGACUCUAAUUGUGUCAGAGUCUGAGGAUUUUGGUUCGAUUAGUUCCAUUCAUAGCAGUAAAUCUUUGACUCUCCAAAGUUUAAGAUCUGCCUACGGUGAUGAGAACCCACCAAUCAGAAGGCGUUCAGUGAGGUUUCAGGUACCACACAACCCCGGGAUGGAUCCUGCAGUAAGGGAAGAACUCUUAGACUUGAUCCAGGCAAAAGAAGCUGGCGUUGCUUAUGUAUUAGGACACUCUUAUGUGAAGGCAAGAAGAUCAUCUUCAUUCCUGAAGAAAUUUGUGAUUGAUAUCGGCUACUCAUUUCUUCGUAAGAACUGCAGGGGUCCGUCUGUGGCUCUUCAUAUUCCUCAUAUUAGCCUGAUUGAAGUAGGCAUGAUAUAUCAUGUCUAG